GAUCCGUUUUUUAAACCCUUUGCGAAAAAUAUAUUAUUACAGCAUGUUGCCUUGUUUGGAAAUGUCGAGAAUGUUGUCGCCUAUCAUUCACCUCGCCUCCAACUAGAAGCUGGAGACGGGCUGGGGGUGAAUGCUCUUGCUGAUUCACCUCCUGUUGGACGACUAUGGAUGAACACAGAAAACAACUGGUGUCAUUAAGGGGAGCAAGUGCUAAGGAGAUAACAAGAGAUGCCCUUCUUGAAAAAGUCUCUAGGGAAAGAGAACUCCGAAACCAUGCUAGAAGGACGGGAGCUGCUGCUUUGAUCAUUCAGAAAAUUUGGAGGAGGUACAAUGUGAUGAAAAUGGUCGCUGGCCAACUCCAAGAUAAUUGGGAAACCUUGAUGAGCUGUGAUGGAGCUUUGAGGACAGCUAAAUGGGUCUCCAAUGAUUUGUUGAGACCUUUCCUUUUCUUUGCCACGCGUUCAUCAACUUUGCAUCAUGAGAUACAACUCAGAGACAUCAAGUGUAUUCUAGUGUGUUUUAAACUUCUGCUUCAAAGCAUUAACUCAACUGAUUUGGAUAAAAAUUUUUGUGCUCUUGCUUUUGGUUCAUCUGAGGAGAAGGUUGCUUGGUUUUUUCAAGCUCGCAAAAUUAUUACAAUAUGUUCAUCUGUUCUCGGCGAAUGUGAUCAUACCACCCUUGAUGGCAAGGACAGGAUUUUGGCUACAGCUUUGGCUAUGCGGUUGAUUGUUGCUUUGACCGACCUUGAAGCAUGGAAAAAAUUCCACCCUCACAAGAAUGGAGAUACAACUUAUGCUGUGAAGGACAUAAUCAGAUUUAUAGCAAGUGGAAAAAGUGGUCUUUAUUGUUCUAUUCGGAAUUUCAUAGUGAAAUUUCUUGCGCCUGCAGGGUUACCAAAUAAGAGCAUAAUGCAAAGAGAUGACCAGUUUAUUAUAACUGCAAGUGCCAUAACAAUGGCAUUAAGACCUUUCCAGUUCAUGAAACUUAAUGCGGAUAAUAUUGGGAGCAUCCACAUGUCAGAAGUCAAAUUUACUGCUGAGGAGUAUUGCAUAUAUUUCUUGACAAUCCCUUGGCUGACUGAGCGCCUCCCCGUAGGAAUUUUACCUGCUCUGAAGCAUGUUACAACUUUGUCAUCGUGCUUCAAAACUCUACUGAUUGCAAAGGAGAACAUUUUUGUUCAGAUGUCAAAUUUAAAUCAACAUAUGGGAAUACCUUCAGCUGCUUGGGCUCUUGCAAACAUCAUAAACUUGACAUCUGUCCAUGAUAAGGAUUGCAGUGAUUCUGGGGGGUUUGUCGAGGGCCUUGAAUUGAAAGAUUAUGUCCUGACCGUAUGCAGCAUCUCAGACCACUUACUGCCUUGGCUUGAAGAUAUUAGACAAACAAAUAAGAAAGAGAAUGAUGAAGAUAUAAUACAUGGUAAUAUUGAAGAGCGUGGGGCUUCUGGAUAUUCUAAUGCUCCAUUUAUAGACCUCUUGAGGCCUGUGCAUCAGCAAUGGCAUCUUACGAGGCUUCUGACCAGCCUGAAGUCGGGUAACUCUUGCAUAGAGAAAAACAGUUCAUCUGGUUAUCAAAGUCUCGAGUGGUUAGAGCAAAAAUUAGAAGUGCUUGAUAUCGUGUUUUUCUAUUCUUCUAUGCUAAACAUAUUUUCUUCUCUAAAUAAGUUUGGUGGGCCUUUGCCAAUACUUAAUAUACUUGCAUUCACUCCUUCAUUUAUUCCAAUGUUAUGGCUAAGGCUGGAGAGCUCUAUCAUGCCUGAAGGCAGUCCCUUUGCAAAUACAUAUAAUCUAUCAAGAAUGUCUGAAGCUUCUCAGAAUGAGAAUCAGGGAAUUCAGAUGAAGAAGGAAGAGCGAGUCAUGAAAGAUACAGGAAAUAAAUGGGCUUCUGUAUUGCAAAAGAUCAAAGGUAAGUCAUCCACAGAUGAGAAUGUUACCAGGUUAUGCAAAGACCCACUUGAUUUUGAUAGUAAUCUGGAUGAUGCUUCCGAUAUUUGGGAUAUUGAACCUUUGAGGAGAGGUCCACUUGGGCUUUCUAAGGAAACUUCACAAGUGAUGCAUAUGUUUUGUGCGACAUAUGCACAUCUCCUAUUGAUUCUGGAUGAUAUUGAAUUCUAUGAAAAGCAGGUGCCAUUUGCUAUUGAGCAGCAACGAAAAAUUGCAGCUCUACUCAAUACAUUGGUGUAUAAUGGUUUUCUCCAUAACAAUGGGCAACAAAAUAAGCCUUUAAUGGAUGUGGCUGGAAGAUGUCUACUCUUGUUGUAUGAGAGGGAUUGCAGGCACAAAUUUUGUCCAACUUCAUUGUGGCUUGCACCUGCUAGAAAAAAUCGGCCACCUAUUGCUACGGCGGCUAGAGCUCAUGAAGCUGUAAUAACUGGCAUGCGAAUUGGAGAUGCAGCAGCUAUACCUAGCAUGGGAUCUCUCAUCACUACUAUGCCACAUGUAUUUCCAUUUGAUGAAAGGGUUCAGAUGUUUAGGGAAUUCAUUAAGGUGGACAAAAUCUCACGAAGAAUGGCAGGUGAAGUGGCAGGACCUGGUCCGGGAUCAAUAGAGGUAGCAGUUCGUCGCGAUCAUAUUGUGGAAGAUGGAUUCAAGCAACUCAACUCUCUUGGGUCGAGAUUGAAGUCUUGUAUCAAUGUUUCGUUUGUUAAUGAGUUUGGCCUUCCUGAGGCUGGCCUGGACUAUGGGGGUUUAUCAAAAGAGUUCUUAACGGACUUGGCAAAGGCCGCCUUUGAUCCUCAGUAUGGACUUUUCUCUCAAACUUCAACUUCUGAAAGACUUCUGAUUCCCCAGACAACAGCAAGGGUGCUCCAAAAUGGCAUGCAGAUGAUUGAAUUCCUUGGGAGAGUUGUUGGGAAAGCACUUUAUGAAGGAAUAUUGCUCGAUUAUUCAUUUUCACCUGUUUUUGUGCAAAAGAUAUUGGGCCGCUAUAGCUUUCUUGAUGAACUAUCAAGUCUUGACCCUGAACUGUACCGAAAUCUGAUGUUUGUAAAGCAUUUUGAGGGUGAUGUUGGGGAGCUCGCCUUAGAUUUCACAGUUACUGAGGAGAGGCUUGGUGAACGAGUUAUCAUUGAGCUGAAGCCUGGUGGUGCAAACAUUAGUGUCACCAAUGAGAAUAAAUUGCAGUAUGUUCAUGCAGUUGCAGACUAUAAACUUAACAAACAGAUAUUGCCAUUAGCAAAUGCAUUCUAUAGAGGCCUGAUAGAUCUUAUCUCACCACCCUGGUUGAGCUUAUUCGAUGCAAGUGAAUUCAAUCAGUUGCUUUCAGGUGGAGAGCAUGACUUUGAUGUUGAUGAUUUGAAAACUCAUACACGCUAUACAGGUGGCUAUUCUGAGGGAAGCCGUACAAUUAAACUAUUUUGGGAGGUUGUGAGAGAAUUUGAGCCUAGAGAGCGGUGCCUGUUGCUUAAGUUUGUUACAAGUUGCUCGCGUGCUCCAUUGCUAGGAUUCAAGCACUUGAAGCCAGCUUUCACUAUUCAUAAAGUGGCAUGUGAUGUUCCUGUUUGGGCCAUGAUUGGAGGACAGGAUGUGGAUCGCCUUCCAUCGGCCUCUACUUGCUACAACACACUCAAGCUUCCAACAUACAAACGUUCCGCUACUUUGCGUAACAAGCUAAUUUAUGCCAUUAGUUCGAACGCAGGGUUCGAACUAUCUUGAAUGUCUGUAUAUGAUUUCUACUACUUUGCGUAGCAAGCUAAUUUAUGCCAUCAGUUCGAAUGCAGGGUUCGAAAUAUCUUGAAUGUCUGUAUAUGAUUUUUCAUUAUACAUGUAUUUUCUGCAAUUUACUGUUUCCCAUGAUAUUGUGCUCAAGAACACACGGAAAUGCUUUCUUCUUGUAAAGUGAAAUGUAAGAAUGUAUAUUGACAUUGAGAAUCGCAUGCUUGUAAUUAGUAUUAUCAGUUGAAUUAA